UGGCUUUACCUGAAGCAGCGUAAGAACAUUUUUAAUUACAUCGUUUAACUUGGUAUAGAUAUUAUUAUUUUAAAUCAUUUACAGAUUCAGGAAGCGGUUUAGACUGACCAAAGACGCAUUUACAUUCAUCUUAUCGGAAAUAGAAUUUAACGGACAUUUGUCAACCGCAGUACCACCAAUUCUUCAAUUGGCAGCGACUUUGUCCCUUUUGGCGAGUGGAGGCUAUCAACACUCAGUUGGAAACGACUUUUUAAUUGGAAUGUGUCAAAGCACAGUGUGUAAAAUUGUAGGGGACGUAGUUAAUGAAAUGGAGACAAAACUUUGUCCACAUUUCAUUAAGUUUUCGCCAAACCGUUUAUCUAAGUGCACAGAAUACUUUGUUGAGAAAUAUAAAGUUCCAGGAGUUAUCGGAUGUAUUGACGGUACACAUUUUGGCCUUCAAAAACCAACUGUGAAUGAACAUAUGUUUUUCAACAGAAAAGGAUACCACAGUCUUAAUUCAAUGAUAAUUUGUGAUUACGAACAUCGAAUUUUAGCUAUUGAUUCAAAAUAUGGUGGAGCCGCUCACGAUUCCUUUGUAUGGAAGCAUUCUGCGCAGGGCAGAUUUUUGGAGGAAGCAUAUAAUCAAAACAAUAUGAGAAAUGUCUGGCUUUUGGGAGAUUCUGGAUAUCCUUUGGAACCAUGGUGUUUGACACCAUUUAGAAACCCCGAAGUUGGCUCGUGCCAAGCACGGUUUAAUGAAAUCCAUGCAAAAGCACGCUGUAUUGUUGAACGAACCAUUGGUAUACUGAAAGGCCGGUGGAAAAUUCUUACCAAUGAUAAAAGAAGUCGGUAUAGUCCUGAAAAGAUGGCAAAGUUCGGCAAUGUAUGUGCAGCGUUGCAUAACAUUUGCAUACAAUAUAAAAAUUCAACAUAUUGCAGAUAUUUUGUAAACGAAAAUAAUGAUACAGAAAUAGAUACCGGAAAUGAGACUCAAUUAACCAAAAUUGGUCAUAAAAUUAGAGAUCACAUUAUGUUGUCUUUAGAUAAUAAUUGAAUUAAACGUUCCAACAACAUUUGAAUUCAUAAGUAUUUUAUUUUAACAAAUAUAUUUUCAAUAAAGAACUUGGAAUUAACAUAUCUUAUAUAUUGGUAUUUAUUUAUGGAUUUUUCUCUUUAAAAUAUCAAGCUCAUGAGUUUUAAUCUCCAACUCUACAGCUUUUAUUUUCAUAUCUGCAGCAUGUGCCUCUUCUUUUAUUUGGAGAGAUCUCUGCUUUAGCGCAAGUAGUUUCUCAAUAUUUUUAUUUAUUUGCGCUUGCGUUACUUCAUAUGCGCGUAAAUUGCAUUUUAAAAGAGAAAGCUUUUCACUUUCGACAGUGGGCUUCGCUUUACAUGACUUUGUCGCACUGCGACUGGUGGAUGGAGUCGGAUCUUCUUCCUCGCUAUCUAAAAUCAUUUCUACCAACUCAUUUAAUCUUUCUUCGGGCUCUACAUUUCCAAAAGAUUUUACUACAGUCAACCCUUCUACAGCAACAUCUAUCCCCGUAGCUUGGAGGAGUUGCUCUUCUGCUGCAGUUAAUAGCUUUUCCUCGUACGGACCACCACCAGUCCUUUGUUUUGAGGCUUUGUUGAAAGAAAUUUUCUUUUUUAUGUUGUGCUUCUGGUCAGCAAAUACCUAUUUUUGUAUUUUAUUAUUAUUUUAAUCAUCUAUUAUUUUAUUUAUCUUACUUUUCGCCAAGAUUUAGCAUCUUUCAUCGGCGGCCCGGCAGCGUUCAGUUUUAAAGUCAACGCCUCCCAUAGCUUAUUUGCUGCAACUUUGCCUUGCCCACAAUUAGGCAAAAUAUUUUUUGCCAAGUCCUGAUGCUGUAGCAUAAAGUCACUCAUCAAAUUUUUUUGACGCAUAUUUAUUUUGUUUACAUUGGUCCUUAAAUUAUUAGUUAUAAUUAUAUCACAUGUUAAAUAAACUAAAUAAAUGAAAAAUUACUUACAUUUUGCCCCUCGGACUAUUUUUAGCGGAUAUAUUCAAAUUUUUUGUUCAAUUUGUGCUAUAACGUUUCUCAAAUACCUAACGAAUGAAAUUUCGAUUCUUUCGUACAAACAAGAACUCGUUAUCGAAUGAGAAAAUUUCAAAUUUCGAAAGUGCCUAUUCGAUAGCGACUACAACGAUCCGAAAACAAAAAAUAUUCUUAAAUUUCGCUCGUUAACGUGUGCC